AUGCGCAGCGCGGCGCACAGCGCCUGCCCGCGGCCCCACACGCUGCGCGGCAGCCAGCCCCCCCCCGGGCCCAACCCCAGCGCCACGAGCGUCGGCGCCUCCGGCCGCUCCCCCAGCAAGGCCGUGGCUCCCCGCGCCGCCGGCUCCACCGUGCGCCAGAGGAAGAACGCGAGCUGCGGCACGAGGAGCGCCGGGCGCGCCACGUCCACCGGCACGGGCGGCAUGUGGCGCUUCUACACCGAGGACUCGCCGGGCCUCAAAGUUGGUCCUGUUCCAGUUUUGGUCAUGAGUCUUCUUUUUAUUGCUUCUGUGUUUAUGCUGCACAUCUGGGGUAAAUACACUCGUUCAUAAACUCAGUUGCGAACUUAAAUCAUGCAUCUUGGACCAAAAAUAUUAUGGAUCCUGGUUGUUCUUGGAGAAAGAUUGGGAGAGCUUCCUAUCAGCUAUUGAAGUCCUAUCAACUUUGACUCAAAUACUAAAUGAACUUUUCAGUUCUUUGGGCAGGUUUAAAGUCUGUUAUGAGUCAUUGUGUGUUUGUCUCUGUACUUAGAAUACAGGUAAUGCAAUAAAAUUUGUGUAUGGAAAUGGAAA